AUGCCUCCUCGCAAGCGCACCGCCGACGAGUCAGUCGCCGCUCCCCGCCGGAGUUCACGGCGCACAUCUACCAAGAGCCAGUACUUUGACGACAGCGACGAGGUCAAUAGCAACGAGGUCGAAGAAGUCGAGGAGGAAGACCUGCAGCCGAAGAGGAAGCGCGGAAGACCCUCGAAAAAGCAAACCCCGAAGAAGGAAGAGUCCGAAGAGCCGUAUCAGGACGAGGAGGAGCAGCAGGAAGAUGACGAUGAGGAUUCGGACGAUUCGGAUGCGCCGCCAAAGGUGACGUUCAUUCCAUUGCCGAAACUCCUCGAUAAUGGCGGUAUUGAGUAUGAGGAUGCGAAGCUGCACCCGAAUACAGUCCUUUUCUUGAAGGAACUCAAGUCGAACAAUCGCAGGCCAUGGCUAAAGUCGCAUGAUGCGGAGUACCGGCGCGCUCUAAAAGACUGGGAGUCUUUCGUGAUGCGAACGACCGAGACUGUUAUCGACGUCGAUGAGACAAUACCCGAGCUGCCCGCCAAGGACGUCAUCUUUCGCAUCUACAGAGACACCCGAUUUAGCAAAGAUCCUACACCCUACAAGCCUCAUUUCUCUGCCGCCUGGUCCCGCACCGGUCGCAAAGGCCCUUACGCCUGCUACUACGUUCACUGCGAGCCGGGGAAGGCCUUCAUCGGCGGUGGCAUAUGGGGCCCGGCCGGUGAUCAACUUCUCACACUCCGUCGCAGCAUCGAUCGACGGCCAAGAGCCUGGCACCGAGCACUUAACGACCCGGAUUUCAAGCGUAUGUUCCUCCCUAAACUGAAACCGGACGCCAAAGAGAAGGCCGCAAUGCGUGCGUUCGCGGCGGAGAACAAGCAGGGUGCACUGUUGAUGGCCCCAUCGGGCUACCGGCGUGACCACCCUAACAUUGAACUCCUGCGCUUGAAGUGCUUUACAGUGGGAAAGAAGAUCAACGACGACAUUUUUACCAGCGAAGAUGCACAGGAGAAGCUCGCCGAGAUUCUCCGGCCGCUGAUGGGGUUUGUAAGUGGUAUCCCUGUUUCGUUUUUGAAUAGCAUCGUGAUGCCAGAUCCGAAUGAGGACGAGGGUGGCGAAGACGAUGAUGAUGACGAAGAAGAGGAGGAGGCAGAGGAAGAAGCUGAUGAUAGCAACCCCGAGUGA